GGUGUAGCGCCUACUUGAACGGCCUGCUUUCCCUUUUUUAUUCUUUUGUGUGUCGGCCUUUUUUGUAUCUGUGCGUGUGCGCGCGAGUGUGAGUGUGUUGGGCAGGCCUCGUUCCCCUCGCUCCCUGCGUUCGCAUGCUCGGUCCAAAGAAGGCAGUCCAAUCAGCACCAACAUCCACUUUUCAAGAUGGCCGGCAUGGCGGUGAGGAUGGUUUAUAAGACCCAGUCGUGCGGUUCGUCAUUUCAAAGCGUUGUAGUGGCUGCUUCGCGACGAUCUGCAUCACUUCAACGUCUCACUGCACCUGCGUCGUCUGUAACGCCAGUCCGCUUUUGCAAAGCUCGAUUGCGUUCAUCGAGGUGACAUGACUGCUGUCACAUGCCUAGUGACUGUGGGUGCCAAUGGGGCUCGGAGGAAGAUGCGGCUUACAGAGGAGCCCAAUUUGCGUGCUCUCAAGGCAUCUGCCAGUGUUUGCAGUCUUCUGGCUGCAGAGAUCAACUUUGAUACCGACAGAUUUCAGAUUUUUGACAAAGACUUCAAUGAUUUUGUGGAUUUGUUGGACGAGGAUCCUAUCCCUGAUAUGGCUGUUGUGCGAGUUGUCAAGCCAGUACAUGAGGCAGAAGUAUGCAUUGAAGAGGAGCCGAGUUUAUAUGGUCCAGAGAAUUCAGCAAGCAGCCUUGAUAGAAGUUUCAACAUCGCUUCAAGCCAAGAGGACGAUGAUGGGAUGGCUUUUGCUCUCCCAGACCUUCAUUUCCUCAAUGGUGUAGUGAAGGAGAACAUACCAAUAACAUCAUACAUCACAACAAGGAUUGUUGACUCCUUAUUUCAAGAAAUGAUUGCACACACAAUGUAUCCGUCGCACAAGUUUUACCAGGGCGCUGCAUCCAUGUUAGUGUGCCGCUACCCAGAGCUUGCUGACCCGUGUGGCAGUGGACAUGCUUCUUGGGUUGUGAUGCUGCGGCAAAAGUUCAAAAAUGAACGACGGAAGCUGGCCACGGAUAGAGUGGUAAUUAACCGACAGAAGUAUGGCACUGCAGCAAAGCGGCCAAGAACAUCCAAUGGUGCUGCUCCCGAAGUAUUGCAGCGUGGAAAAGUGGGACCCGUUUUGUCACAACGUUUGGUGCCCAGUGGUGAAGACAGCUGCAGUCUUGCGCACCAUGAAGCCUGGCUGGUUGCCGAAUGUAAAAAGGCAAACCCUGACAGGCCGCAAAUGCUCUCCAGGCUGCAACUGACACACUCUGCGAGGGUUAAGGAACUGUGCCGGAUGUCACCUGUGGUAGCCAUGGAGAAGUAUCCGUACCUGGCGGACAUAGAAUGGUUCCUUGAAGACUUCAACAUCCUUAUAAAGAAGGAUGGCGCAAAAAGUGUUGAAAGCGGCUUCGAGAAGACGCAGUGCCUCGCUUUGAGAGGAGUAUUGGGGGCCAAAAAGAAAGACAUAACGCGUGUUAUUGAGGCCCACACUUCAAGUGGUUCAGCAAGGCGCAGGAAGCAUAUACGGGCUGUGCGAAUCCUGCAGCUCCUAUCCAAAAUUUUAAACGAGCCCAAGGCAGUCGACACAAUGUUUGUGCAUAUGGAUGAAGACAAGCCAUGUACACCCUGCGUUGUGUACUGCGGCAAUACCCUUGAAGCUGCUGAUGAGCUCUUCUUGUUUGCCGAGAAGAGGCAGCUGGCUAGAGUCAUCGAUGCACAGGAGGGCACCACUGCCAUGAUGGCUGCCUAUUGGGCUUUUGACUUCAGUUACGCCAAGCAAGCAUAUAAUAUAUCCUGUGUGUUAGAGCACCUCUUUCUAAAUGUGAAUGUAUCACUCCCAAAAUGUGUUGCAAGAAGGUUUAUUUCAGCUCAUAAAGCGGAAUACGAGAAGUAAGGUACAAAUAAAUUAGCUGUUCGUAC